AUGUCUAAUGAAGAAGAUGAAUGUGACUCUUCGAGUCUAUUUACUGUUGCAAGUCAAUCAAAUGUAAAUUCAUUUUUACAUUCUCAAGCAGCUAAAAUAACACGUGUUACAUCAAGUAUAAGUGAUGAAGACGAUAGUUCAAUGGACGGAAGUCUUGUAGCACGUUUUACUCAAUUACCAUCAGAAAAAAAAGUUAUUAUUACAAAUUCUCAUAUACGUACAACACCAGUAAAAUCUUAUUUAAGUCGUUCAUGUUUUGCAUCAUUAACAUGUUCAUCACCAAUAAAAACGAAUCCACAAAAACCACAUACAUCUGAUGAUUUAACUGAAUUAAAAUGGUUAAAUACAUUUAAAUUAAAAGAAUUAAAAGAUGAUUUAAAUACUAAUGAUAUUAAAGAUAAAGAUUUAACUGAAAAAAAUCAAUCAACUCAACCACAAGAAUCAAUUAAUAAUGAUGAAGAUCGUUUAGCUAAAUUAAUAAGUGAAUUAAAAUCAUAUGUUAAUGAAAAUACAAAAAUAAAUACAACAUCAUUUGGUAUAUUAAUAUUUCUUGCACUUUAUUCUAAACGUGAUGAAAAACAUUUACCAUGGUCAUUAACUAUCAAACAAUUAUAUGAAUAUACACAAUUAAAUGCUAAACAAAUAACAAAUAAACGUGGUUGGAAAAAUUUAUUACGACAAGCAUUAAUUACAAUUCCAUGUUUUGUUAAAACAAAACGUGAUUUACUUAAAUCACGUUCUUUAUGGACAAUUGAUCCUUAUUAUCGACCAUUAUUAACAAAAGCUUAUUUAACAGUUCCACCAACACAACCAUCAGUUACAUCGAAUAAAACAUUAUCAGAAGUUGCAACAAAUCGACAUGAUGAUCAAUUAGAUGGAAAUCUUCCAUCACAAUCAAUUGUUAAUAAUUUUGCACCAAAAGCAACAGUGAAAACAAAAGUUCUUCCUCGUCUUUAUGAACGUCUUUGUGAAGAGAAAGUAGACGAAGAAGGUGAUGAAGCUGAUUCACAUAAUCUUGGUAAACGUCAUCGAAGUUUAACACUAGGUCGUAAACGUCCUCGUUCUUCUUCAUCAUCAGGUCAUCGAAAAGCUGUGAAAGACAAUGAUGGAAAACGCCGUUCAUCAACAUCACCAUGGACAUCAAAAAUACUCAAACGACAUAAACGUCGACAUCAUCAUUCUUCUGAUAAUGAACCAAAAACAUCAACACCAAAUAAAGGAUCCACUUCUGAAAAUCGUUCAUCAUCAAUAUCAACCGUUGUUACACCAUGUCCAAGUAUGGAUCAUACUUAUUUAAUUCAAUCUGAAAAAGCAAAAAAUUCAGCAAAAAAACAAUCACCUUUAGAAAGAACUAAAUCUACAGGCUCCGUUGAAUAUAAUGAUCCAUCUAGCAAUGAAAGUGAAGAAGAUGAUGAUGAUGAUGAACGUGAUAGUAGUGUACCUACACGUCCAGUACGUAAAUCAAUUAUAACAACUCGUGCUCAAGCAGCAGCUCGUAAUCAUUCAAAAAAUCGUCGAAAAAGUUCACCACCUAAGAAACGUUUAUCACUUCAAUUACCAUCUCAUCGACCAAAUACACGUAUAAAUCGACGAAUAAUUGAACAUGAUUUAAAAUUAUUACGACAAGCUAAUGUUUUACCUCCAUUAUCACCUCCAACAAAUCAGCUACCACUUGAUUUAUCUCUUGGUCCUAAUCGAUCAUCUUCAUUUGAAGAAGCAAUUGAAAAAUCGACUACAACUGAAACAAAAGACGAAAUAAUUACAUCUAAAACAACGCCAAUUGAAGGUGUACUCGAUCUAUCUCUUUCCCGAUGA